AAGCGCUAGUGCUGUAAACACGAAGAGUAUACGUGUAUAUGAUGCGUGUCAAUUUCAUCGUUCAACAAUAUUAGAUUUAUUUAUAACAAAAACGUAUGAUAAUAACAGAAGAAUCGAAUUAUAAAAUGAUGUAAAUAAAACUAUUUUUUAUGAUUAAUUCUUGUGUGCUACAGUUUUUUUUAAAAUAUACAUGAAAAGUUAAUUAUUGCUUGCAACAAUGUGGGAAAAAAGUACAUUGCUGUGUUUAUUUAUUAUUUGUCAAGUGAUAUUUGUUGUUAUUUCUGACGAUGUUGAACGGAGUCAGAAUAACGAAAUUCUUUAUAAAAUUAACUGGCCAGGGAAAAUCGAAUCGGAAAUUCCUGAAACUGCAGACCAAUUUGAAGAGUAUCCUAUCACAACUGCUAAUAAAGAGAAUUACACUUGUAGAAUAAGAUCAGUCAAAAAGCAAGUCAAAGAAUCUGACCAGCCUUACACCGGUCCAAAUCCAAUUGAAUUACUCUCUCCUAUGUUUAAUCAGAAAUUGUGUUCUUUCAAGUUAGAUACUUAUUGGACAUAUGAAAUUUGCCAUGGUCGAUAUGUAAGGCAAUAUCACGAAGAAAGAGAAGAGAAGAAAGUAAAUGUUCUAGAAUUUUACUUAGGAACCUUUACGAAAGCAGAAAGAGCUAAAUUGUCGGCAGAAUAUGAUGAGAGAGCGAAAAAUCCUGAUAAAACAUACUCAGUUCCUACAAAAAAAUUUGAUGGUGUACAGAUGCCUUAUGUUGAGAUACAAAUGACUGAUGGUACUCAAUGUGAUCUCAGCAAUAAACCGAGAACGAUAAGACUUCUUUAUGUGUGUCAUCAGCAUGGAAAACAUGAGAUUUAUUCAUUAGAAGAAACAGCGAGUUGUGAAUAUGAAGCUAUUAUUUUAACGCCACUCAUUUGUAGCCAUCCUGAUUACGAUCCUCGAGGUUCAGAUGAAGAUGAAAUAAAUUGUGUUCCCGUAGGAAAAUCUCCUAGAAGACCAAGAGCUUUGGCGGCUCUAGAAGCAGAGAGUUUAAAACUACGACAUCAAAAAGUGAUGGAUGAGAAGUCACAGAAAGUCGUUGCGAUUCUUCGUUUAAAUAAGGAGAACCAGCAGGAUGGCGAGCCUCAACUUCAGAUUGAGUUGUAUGAAGUCAAUCAACUUGAGAAGAGUGGAGAAGAAAAUUCUAAUUCGCUGUCGGGUAUAAGUGCUAUACAACCUGACGUUAGUCCAGUUAAAAGCUUUCUUAGUGGAAAACAUUGUCUACAUGGCGGAGAUGGAUGGUGGAAAUAUGAAUUUUGUUAUGGUCGAUCAGUAGUUCAAUAUCAUGUUGAAAAAAAUGGAAAAAAAAUAACAAUUGAUUUGGGAAAGUUUGAUAAGAAAAAACAUUUAGAUUGGAUUAAGGCUCAUCCUGAUAAACGACCAAAACUUCAAAGAGAAAGAAAAUACAUUACACAUUUCUACAGUGAUGGAAGUUUCUGUGAUGAAACUGGCAAAGCAAGACAAACUGAAGUCAGAUUGAAAUGUGUAGAUGUAUCUGGAAGCCCAUCUAGCGUGUCUCUAUUUUUAUUAGAACCAAAAACUUGUGAAUACAUUCUUGGAGUGGAAUCACCAUUAAUUUGUAAUAUACUGGAGCAUGCUGAUGAAAAUGGACUUAUCAAUGAUUCGAAUAUUGUGGAUUACGAUUCUUUAAAAACUACAACUUCUGCUCCAAAGAAGGAAGAAUCAUCUACAUCAAAGAAAGACCCUAGUGAACUUUAAUUAUUAAUUAUUAAUAAAAAAAAGUGUUGUUAAAAAAUGA